AUGCCUCCAGUUGCUAUGAAAAUCAAGAUUCCUGAUCCACGAGGCCAAGGAAACCAUAAAAAGUACUCCAUAGAAGAGACCCUUGGCAUGGAACGAAACAAGUAUAUUCAACUUUUGCGCGAUGCCCGACAUGCAGUCUCACGCACACUCAAUACCCUUGGAGAGGUUACAUGGGGUGAGGUGCCAACAACUCAAAGGAAUGUUAUGCUUAGAAGACUUAUUUCAAAACACCCUGAGCUUGAGACUGACUAUGAAAACUCGUGGAUCGCUGAAGUCCUAAUUAUGAAUGUGAUUGUGAAUGCACGAGGCAAUCGUGGCAAACGCCGUGUGGGCCGUGCCAAAACAAAUCCUACAAGUGAUGAGACUCAUGUCGGUGGCGGAAGUGAUAAUCCUGAGGUCAUAGAUCACAAUGAUGGCGAAAACACCGGGGAUUCUGAACAUGAAGGCAAUGCAAGCCAUGAACAAGAGGAUAGUGAUCGUUCGUCAAUUCCGACUCUGGCAAAUGGUCGUCCAAACAAGCCAGCUGCGCUCAGAAAUACAUGCACCAGUGCUGUUGCAUCGAAAACAGCUGUAGCUCCUAAAACAAAAGUCCGUUAUGCUCCGGAGCAUCAAGAGUGGCUGGAGCAUGUGGGAGACAAAACAGCAGAUUGGGCACUCCUGGAGCCAAUAGUGUUCUCCUGGGAGGGGGUUCAGGAGCAGCUGGGAGUGGUGAGGAGUAUGUAA